GUUCGUCUUUACAUUCACGCAUACAUUUAACUUUUUUAUCCGUAUUUUAUUGCAUUAACCUACAAAAUUAUUCACAUUUUAAAUUUAAUAAAUCAUUAUAGUUUACAUUAUUUUAUAAAGAAAAAUGUUUAAGGGAAAGUUUUCAUUUGUUCUUGUCGUCGCCAUUGCUGCCGCCACCGCCUCUGCCUCAGGCCACCUCGCUGUUGCCAGAGCCAACGUUAAUGCAAACAACACCCCCCUCAACCUUGCCCCCGUCGCCGGGGGUAGUGAUCUCGAUAUGAUCGCCCCCAUGAUGCUCGUAACCGUUGAGACCGCCACCCAGUUCAUGAGAGUCGCCUCAGACUACAACAUCGUCUCCAUUGAUCCCGCCUCCGCUGUCGAGUCCACCCCUGAUGUUGACCCUGCCUCUGCCGUUGAGCCCACCUCUGCCACUGCAGAUGCAUCCACAAGUUGCGCGGCUUCGGAUGGUGAGUACCAGUCUGAGGCGUACGCUGAGUCAUCGGCUGCUCCUACUACUGACGAUCAGUCCACAAUUUACUCCGCUCCCUAUGCUGUCGUUUAUCCUACCUCUGCUGAGACUGAUGUUUCUGUGCCUGUGUGCUCGGAGGUUGCGCCAACUGUGGAGCCUACGUCGUCUACUUGCACUACCACUAUGAUUGCUCCGAGCAACAGCUAUGCUGUUGCUACCAUCUUACCCACCACCGAGGUCAUUCCCACCAACGAUUUUGCCCCCACAAGCGACGUUAACCCUGCCAUCAUCUCGUACAACAUUUCACCAUCUUCCGAGUCGGUAACUUCAGGCCCAUCUGAUGCCAGCAGCGAGGUUUACACAUCAAGCACCAAGCCUGCAUAUGGAACUAGCUGCUCUUCAGCCACUAUUAACAAUAGAGAGCUUAUUAUUGAGCCCACCGGUGAUGCUAUUGCCGCGUCCACCGGCGAGUCUGCUUUGUCUACCAGUACUGAAAGCACCUCGGCAAAUUCGACCGUCAGCCCUGCCACUGUCGCUGCUACCAGUGAUUCAUUGUCCAUGUCAGCUAGCGUUGCCGAUCUCACUGUCGCCAAUGAGUUGGAUUCCGCAUUGGCUGACGUUGCCACUGUUACAGCUACCAGCAACUCUACUACUGCCGCAUUGACUGACAUUGCCACCGUCAUUGUUACCAGCGAUUCAGUGUUUAUGUCGGCUAGCGUUGCCGAUGUCACUGUCGCCAAUGAGUUGGCUUCCACAUCGACUGAUGUUGCCACUGUUGCAGUCACCGGCAACUCUAUCACUGCUACAUUGGCUGAGGUUGCCACUGUUACUGUCACCGCCUCUACCAGCAUGCUCGUGGAGACCGUGACACCUGUCACCGCAGCAACUGCCAUCUCAACCUCGACCACCACCUUAACAAAUGACUUUGCAAGCGCUACCUCAGUGCUUGUCGUCGAGUCCAUUAUUGUGCCUCCCGUGGCAUUUGAGCCGUCCUCGGUGGACAGUUCGGAGAUUGAAUUGAGGAUGAACCAGGGAUGUGCUCUGAUCAACCACGGCGCCAUGACUUGCCCUUCGGGCCAGGUUAAUGUUCAUAAGAACUUCUUGGUGUGCGUCUGGGGUAAGGUCGUUACUAUGGCGUGUCCCGAGGGAACUGUUUGUGUAAAGGCUAGCCCUGCAAAUGGUAACGUUAUUUGCGACCGUCCUAAGUAUUAAAUUAACCAAUUAAUCUUUGUUUCAACCCUGGUUUCUGUUUUUAUUUAUUUAUU